UCUCCCGCUACGCUAAUUGCGCUAAAGUCACUGGCGAGGCUUUUCAGCUGGUUAGCCAAACAUCCUCAGAAAAAGAGAUGAGCAGGAAAACGAGACGAAGAAAAUGACAACAGUUUAUUCCCAGCUAGACCAAUAGACGGAAAUAUAAUCACUUUAGGUACAGUGAAACUUGGUGCAGAGGUCCAUCAUUCACAGGAUCACAUGCUCUACAACCCCUGAACUACUCUGAUGACACUGGCCUUUUGAUGGACCUGAACAUCAGAUGCGAGGAAGGGUAACCUCUGAAGUUCUUUUCUCCACCUGACCGCUGUCUGCUGUCCCGAGUCCGUUCCCAGGCCGGGUGCAUGGGUGUUGUGCUGACAGGGGGGCGCUUGUCAUGGUGGACUGGUUUGUCUGAGCCUGAAGCUAGCCUGGCUUCCCACUUUCAUAAAGCAUGUUAGCAUAUGGCUAACCGCGUAUGGUGACUGAUCAGGCCAUUUUACUCUUCCCCUCCAUCACCAUCUCUGGCCCCCUUCAAGGGGGUACAAACUAGUUGGUAGUGGUGCCCCCUUACCCUGUCAUCGUUUCAUUUCUCUAUCAUUUAGUCAUCUUUCCUCACCGCUCCACAAUCCUCAGCUUUUGCUUUCUUUCACUCCCAGCACUCGUGACAUUUUCUUGGUACCAAGCACUCUUUGGGUUUUUCUCACCUGGUUCCCGUCCAUUAUGGUAGCAACUGGUUUUCUUUGAAUUCCCCCCCACCUCAGCUUAGGUCCCCCACCUCAAUCCCCUCCCAGUUUAAGUCCCAUUUAGGCCCAGCCUAGACCUCUGAGACGUCUGACAGCGAAGCUGCUAGGCAGUUGUUUUGGUAGUUGCUUUGGUUGCAUGGAAUCGGCUUAACCGUGGAGCGACCAGGCUACCACAAGCUGAUGGACUUUGACAAGCGAGGGGUCGGUGGUGGAGGAGGAGGAGGAGGUGGGGGUGGUGGAGGUGGAGGAGGGGGCGGAGGAGGAGGGAAGGCGGAGCCAGAAGAAGGCAAAAGGAUGCCUGCAAAGACGGGCAGUCGAUCAGGGCACAGUGGCCGGGGGGCCAGCUCCAACUCCGGGGUUCUGAUGGUUGGACCCAACUUCCGCGUCGGAAAGAAAAUCGGCUGUGGGAACUUUGGGGAGCUGCGACUUGGAAAGAACUUGUAUACAAAUGAAUACGUGGCGAUCAAACUGGAGCCUAUCAAGUCGCGGGCACCACAGCUCCACCUGGAAUAUCGCUUCUACAAGCAGCUGGGAAGUUCAGAGGGCGUACCACAGGUGUUUUACUUUGGGCCAUGUGGUAAAUACAAUGCUAUGGUCCUGGAGCUACUGGGACCCAGCUUAGAAGAUCUGUUUGACCUCUGUGACCGGACCUUCUCUCUAAAGACUGUACUCAUGAUAGCCAUACAACUGAUCACCCGGAUGGAGUUUGUCCACACCAGAAGCCUGAUCUAUCGAGACGUGAAGCCCGAAAACUUCCUGGUGGGCCGACCUGGCUCCAAACGGCAGCACACCAUCCACAUCAUAGACUUCGGCCUGGCCAAAGAAUACAUUGACCCGGAGACCAAGAAACACAUCCCAUACAGGGAACACAAGAGUCUGACUGGAACCGCAAGAUAUAUGAGCAUCAACACUCAUCUGGGGAAAGAGCAAAGCCGGCGGGAUGACCUGGAAGCUCUGGGCCACAUGUUCAUGUACUUCCUGCGAGGCAGCCUUCCCUGGCAGGGACUCAAGGCCGACACUCUGAAAGAGCGUUACCAGAAGAUAGGUGACACAAAGAGGGACACGCCCAUAGAGGUCCUGUGUGAAAGCUUCCCAGAAGAGAUGGCCACCUACCUGCGGUACGUGCGUCGGUUGGACUUCUUCGAGAAGCCCGAUUACGACUAUCUGAGGAAACUCUUUACGGACCUCUUUGACAGAAACGGAUACAUCUUCGACUACCAGUACGACUGGACUGGAAAGCCCCUGCCCACUCCUAUCGGUCCGGUGGCCAGUGAGACUCCUCUUCAGACGAGCAACCGCGAGAAGGCGCCGCAGACCAAAAACCAGUCUCCAGAGGGGAAAGGCAGUGAGUCGCAGCCCACUCCAGUGACCAAUCGAGAGCUGCUGGGCUCCCAUCUCACUGCUGAUAGGCUGGGCGGGUCCGUCCAGGUGAUGAGUUCCACCAAUGGGGAGCUGAACACAGACGACCCUACUGCAGGACACUCCAACGCACCAAUCACCGCCAACGCAGAGGUGGAGGUGGCUGAUGAUACCAAGUGCUGCUGUUUCUUCAAGAGGAGGAAGAGGAAAGCUCUCCAGAGACACAAAUGAAGACCAGAGGAGGGAGAGGCCUUGGUCUCUCUUCCUCUACCUCGAGCCCUCUCUUACUCCUCCCCCCCACCCCCCGAGCCUCCUUCCCUGCUGUUGGACAUCCUAUAGUUUACCUUAAGUCGGCUGGACUGGCUGGGAUGCGUUUGCUGAUCAACUGGCUUCUACUGGUCUGAGCGACCUGGCAGAGCUCUCCCAGCAGAUACUGGAUCUACACGCACUGCUGAGGGGAACCGGUGACCACAGACAGACAGCUGAUGGACUGUGACAGACUGGAUGCAGCCGGUUUACUGGCAGACUACCUACUUCUCUAUUUUUCUGUUUUUUGGUUUAAUUCUUCCUUAUUGGCUGGUAGACAUGAGAGAGAGAAGUGUAUUUUCGUCAAGAUACAGAAGGACAACAAAAUGAGACUGCCGGACCACACGUGUACACAAAACACACACACACACACACAUGUACAAACACUGCACAUGUUCUCGAGCUCAUCAUGAAGAAACUUCAUGGACAAAAGGUGCAGCUCUCGCAUAUAGUCUAUAAAGUUUUUAUUCUGUAGGGCCGAAGGAAGACACCGUGAGCGGCUCAGUCCAUUUCCUGCAUCAGACUGGGCUCACUGGACUUCUGACGCGUUCGCCCUCUGAGGAAAGACCACCUGAAUCAAAAGUUAAGAAAAAAAUGUGUGUAAACUAUGCUUUGUCCUGUUUUUAAUAUGUAACUAAAAACAGUCUACCAUUUGGAUCCUGUGUUUUUUUCUGUCUUUAUGCAUUCAAAAGUUUUGUGUUUUGCAGUGUGCUCCUCAAAAUGUUUUCUUUCUUUUUUUUAAAUAACUUGUAAUUUGAAUUUUCUGUUUUUUUUCUUCCCUCUUUCUCUCUGGGUUGUAAGAUGGAAAGUCAGAUAACUCCAUUAAAAACCACCAAACAAUAUAA